AUGGCCGACCAUCUCUCCAUCUUGUCCGAGCAUGUCCUCGGGGACAUGACAGCCCGGUACCUGAUCGCCCCACGAGGACAAGUCGGAUUAUGGCUGUAUCCCACGGCGAUGAGCGACCUCGCACAGCGGCGCCCAACCGUGGCGAACGAAAGCUGGGUUCGUAGCCACUCAAAAGCCAGGCCGGCAAUGGUUGUCGAGCCGUUGGUGCAUGUCAAGCUGUCGGGUGACGACGAGCCGCCACAACUUGGCACAGGUCGCACCCUGCUGUGGUCACCGUCCAUUGAUCGGUUCCGGCUUCUCGAUCAACGAGUGGAGGCGAACACAGUAGUCACAACGCUGUACGAUGACACCGGACUACAAAUCAAGCACCACCUCUCUGCCGGGUUUCAGGGGCUCACGGUCCGGAGCGAGACCGUUUUCGAGAACAACUCUGGCUCCCCGGUUCGACUCGAGUUGUUGACGUCGUUCUCUCUGAGCGGCAUUACCCCUUAUGCCGCAGACGACGCACCUUGUCGCCUCCGCGCUCACCGGUUCCGGUCUGUCUGGUCCGCCGAGGGGCGUAUGGUUACGGAAUCCAUCGAGCAGCUCCACCUCGAGAGAUCUUGGGCGGGCAACAUGAACUUCUCGGAGCGGUUCGGGCAGGUUGGGUCGAUGCCGGUACGGGGGUGGUUCCCGACUGUGCUGGUCGAGGACACGGAAGCGAAAGUAGUCUGGGGGGCGCGGUUGGCGACUCCUACGAGCUGGCAGAUCGAGCUGGGUCGGCGGUUUGAUGAUCUGGUUCUCGCCGGUGGCCUGGCAGACCGAGAAUUUGGCCACUGGACAAAAACAGUCGAGCCCGGUCAGUCUUUUACCACCCCGCAGGCUUGGUUAACAUGUGUCGCCGGAUCGGCGGAUGAAGCUUGCGAUCGACUGAUCAGCGUUGAUGUUCCCGCCGUCGAAGCUCAGCCGGCAAUGGAGCAGGACCUACCGAUCGUUUACAACGACUACUGCACAAGCUGGGGAGAGCCUCGUGAAGACCGGUUACUCGCCAUUGCCGACAGGAUCGCGCCGCUUGGUGUCCGCUACUUGGUCAUCGACGCGGGUUGGUACAUGCCAAUGAACUCUAGUGCACACUGGGCGACGACUCUGGGCGACUGGCGCCCCCAUCCGAGUCGUUUUCCAAAUGGACUGGCAGGUACCGCGGCAGCAAUCAGGAAACGCGGGCUUGUUCCCGGUAUCUGGAUGGAGCCUGAGCAUGUGGCUAAAGACUCAGACGCGUUCGUCGAAACCGACCACAUGCUGACAAGAGAUGGGAAACCACUAACGUUGGGGCUCCGUCGAGCCUGGAACUUGCAUGAUCCCUAUGUGAAAGCGUUUAUUGAUGACCGUGUCAUUGGAAUGCUUGGGCAAGCCGGGUUUGGUUAUCUCAAGGUCGACUACAGCGAAACGCUAGGCAUUGGUGUCGACCAUCCUGACGGGCUGGGAGAGGGGCUGCGGCGCCAGGGCGAAGGCACCCAUGCGAUGUUUGACCGGAUCAGAGAGGCGUUGCCCGACUUGGUGAUCGAACUCGUUUCCGCUGGCGGACACCGUAUGGAGGCGUCGUUUCUCCAGCGUACCGCAAUGAGCAGUUACUCGGACGCGCACGAGACAAUCGAGAUACCCAUCAUCGCCGCGGCGGUUCACCGGCUGAUGCUGCCCCGGCAGUCUCAAAUCUGGGCUGUCCUGCGCCAAAGCGAUUCUUUUCAACGGAUGAACUACAGUCUGGCGGCGACAUUCUUGGGCCGCAUGUGUCUUUCUGGCGAUAUCCUUGACCUCGAUGAAACUCAACUCUCCUUUGUGAAGCACGCAAUUGAGCUCUACCAGAAAGCCGUGCCGGCUAUCAAGUAUGGCAAGAAUCGAAUCAACGGCGAUAUCGGGCCUAGCUGGCGCCACCCAAGAGGCUGGCAAGGCGUGGUUCGAACCACGGAAGACGAUGGAAUUGUCGUCAUACACGCUUUCGAGCAGACACCCGAGGAAUUCUCGGUCCAACUUCCCGGGCCGGGUUGGCGGAUCGUUGAGGUGCUCACUCCUCUUGCAGUCAGCAUUCACGGCGACUACCUCAAGGCCGUUGGUGCGUCGGUUUUCGAUAGCCAAGUUGUUCUUGUGCGAAGAGGUGCAGUUUAG